UGUAGGAGUAUUACGGUACCAGGAAGUGUUGCUGUUUUUCCUCCCCACAUCUCCUACAUGCAAUCCUCCAAUGAACUCUGCCCUGCUGGGGAUUCAGCUCUGUCCUUCCAGCUGUCUGUCCAGGGUCUCUCAGAUCAGUGAAUUGAAGAAUGCAGAAUCCAAAGAAAGAGAUGGUUGCUCAGCUCCACAAUAUCUGUGCUUUGGGUGACACCACAAAGCUGAAUGUACUCCUCAGCCAUUCGUCGUCUCUGAUUAACGAGACUGCUGAAAACGGAUGGACUGCCCUUAUGUAUGGUGCUAGGAAUGGGCACUUUGAUGUAGUGAAAAGUCUCUUGGAGAAAGGGUGUGACAAAUCAUUGGUAAAUAAAUCCAGGCAGACGGCUUUGGAUAUUGCCAAAUUUUGGGGUCACAAACACAUUGUCAACUUACUUUCCAAUUCAAAAGGUGGACCAAUACCUCAUGUUUUAGUCAAUGCUGAAGAAGAAUAUGAAAAUUACUUUGCCAGUACAUUUUUGGACAGAAGAAGUGACAAAAGGACAGGUGCCGACUGGCUUAAAGCCAAGCAAACACAAGUCAGUUCCGUGUAUAUCGUUUUCUCAAACUUAAACCCUUUAGUAACCUUAAUUGAAGCAAAAGAUGGCUCACAAGAUCCAGAAAUCAAGCUUUGCAGACUUCAAGUCGAAGAUGUUAAGGAAUACUUGUCCAAACCGGACGAUGCCGUUCUUGUAUUUCUUGGUGUUGAGAAACAAUCCAGUAUUCAUCAUUCUGCAGAAGUAAAUCAGGUUUCGGGAGGCCAGGAUGAUCCAUUGAUCGCUUGGUUUGCACUGAAUAUAAAUGAUAUUUCUACAGAUCAAUUUAAAAGGAAAUAUGAAGAUUGCUAUUUUCUUCAACCCCCGAUGACAGCCUUUUUACAACUGACACACAUAGAAGCUGGUGUCUUGGCACAAGCAAGAGCGGUCCUUGCCUGGCACAGUCGGUACAAGUUCUGUCCAACAUGCGGUAGUGCGACAACAAUUGACGAAGGUGGCUAUAAGAGAACCUGUUUGAAAGAAGGCUGCCCCAGUCUAAAAGGUGUUCAUAAUACAUCAUACCCAAGAGUCGACCCAGUGGUUAUAAUGCUCGUAAUUCAUCCUGAUGGGAACCAUUGCCUUUUGGGGAGACAGAAGAGGUUCCCUGCAGGCAUGUUUUCUUGUUUAGCAGGGUUUAUUGAAACUGGAGAGACUAUAGAAGAUGCUGUUCGACGAGAAGUUGAAGAAGAGAGUGGAGUCAAAGUCGGACAUGUUCAAUAUGUGUCAUGUCAACCGUGGCCGAUGCCUUCAUCCCUAAUGAUUGGAUGCUUAGCUGUGGCAAUAUCUACAGAAAUUAGAGUUGACAAGAUUGAAAUUGAGGAUGCCCGUUGGUUCACCAGAGAACAGGUUGUAGAAGCUGUGAUCAAAGGAAAUCAGCAAUCAUUAAUAGUACCACCAAGACAGGCUAUCGCUUAUCAAUUAAUAAAACACUGGAUCGGGAUGAAUGCUAAUCUUUAAAAAAAAAAAAUGUAUCAAAGGAAGAAAAAAAGAAACACAAUGUUAGAUCACUUAAAUUGUAAAUAAAUAUCAAAUUGUGUAAUAUAAUUGCAAGUUAUUUUACAAUAAAUAUUGUAUAAUGUAUGCUGUUACCAUUGUAAAAUGUUAUAAAAAUUCAACCUGUGAUUUUAACUCUGUCGACAAAUUCACCUUCAAAUGGGGGUGUAAUGUAUACUCCAAAAAUGGAAAAUGACCAGUGUCUGCAAAAUGAUUUUGUUAAAUUGUAUUGCAAUGCCUCUUAAAGGAGGACAGUCACUUCCCAGUAUGUUAUUUAAUUGUAUUAUAAUGUUUACUUAUCCCCUGUAUUUAAAAAAAAUAUCUGAAAAAUACCAUUAAAUGUAGAAAUUCUUACCACUGUAUUUUCCCCUAUACAUUUUAGCACCUUGUCAACUAUAUUUAUUCUGACCUUACAAUAAAUACAAUGUUUUUUACAUCUAUCAGUCAGCAUAGAACCACACAAUGUGCAUCACAUAUCUUCCUGGAGGGAGGUAGUUAUAGGCCCGGAAUGAACACAGUGAAACUGGUGGAAAAGUAGACACAAAGAAUCAGAAGGUUGUGC